AUGGGGAUAAGGUCCAGGGCUACCCUAAUGUUCUCGGGGAUAUUCCUGGGUCUGGUGGGCAUGACUUUCACAGACAUGGGCUGGCUCAUGUAUGGUGUCAGCUGCAGUUUCAAGUGGGCCCAGCUGCUCAGCCCCAUUCUGCUCUCUGUAGGAGGCACCUUCAUCCUAAUCAGCAUCUGUAAGUUCAGGAUGCUCUCCUGCCGGGCAUGUAAGCAGAGCGAUUAUGACAAAGACCUGUCUGAGUCGCUGGAGAUCCAAGGGUCUGGCCAAUCAUUUGUGUUCAACUGGAUCAAUCAGCCAAUCAUGUUCCACGGAGCUACGGUGGGGCAGUAUAUCCCGGCUCCGUACGGAUCAGUGACACAGGAAGUGAAUCUAGCCAAUGGGUUACAGCCAAUGGGGUUUCCAGAAACUUGCCACCUCAAUACUGCAGACAACACCACAGACAUAGCAGGUAGUCAGAUAUGA